CUGUGCCAAAGAAGUCGUUGAGAUCAGCAGUACGCUUGGCUGGAGCAAAUCCAGUACAUCUAAAUUGUAGUGUUUGUGUAACUUAGCUCCAAAGUUAUAUGUAUGCAAGCAUGCCAAAGCAGGCCAUUACCUCUUACUAUUAUAUUAUCAGAUCCAUACAUAUAUCCUGCGUGGUUGCCUUUAUCAGCGGGUUGUAUAGUUUUCGAGACCGGUUUUUUGCAUUCAACAAGCAGCUAAGGAUCUGUUUUGUGGAGAAACACUCAGGAGAACAAGCGGCUUCGUACAGGGUAUUGAUGAAUCAUAUACAAGGAUUUACAGCAAUUUACAGCAAUCUAUGUGAUGCCAUUGGAAUAUUUUCCACCAUUUUCGCGUGGCAGCCAAUGAUGUUCUGUGCGUCACUGAUUGUCACAGUAGUGUUUUCCAUUCUAACCAUUGGACACAUGCUAACCAACCCGGCACCGAUCGUACUAGCCCUUGCUUUGAUUUAUUCAGCAUUAACUAUCUUGUACACUUUGCUCUUCCUGGUGCUUGUCAAACUUGGGAGCGAUCUGAAAAGAGAGUGUACGUUUCUUCCUUAUCCAAUUCGACCGCAGGGCAAGCAAACGGCCGUCCUGGUCCAUAAGGCAAUAAAUCAAUCAUCCAAGACGCCGGCUCUAGUGGAACGGCUUGUACUUUUUUCGCAUCAUCUUCAACAUCAGAGGCCUGUUGUAUCGUGCGGAUUGUUCUGCUUCGACUGGACUUUAGCUCUUUCAAUUAUCUCUGCCCUUGCCACCUACAGUGUCAUACUGAUUCAGUUCGAGCUAGGUGUGCCCAAAUUCUUCAUCAGUGCGAUUUUGCAACAAAAUGGCGACAUGACUACCACAAAUUCACAACCUUAACUGGGCAACAUUGUAAGCCGCUUUUUAUACAAAUACAACUAAAACAAACGCGCAUAUAUUUGAUAACUUUUAUGCUGUUAGCGGCACCCGCUUCGAUCGUGAUGCAUCUUGCCGAACAGGAACGUGACAGCCACUCAGCAUGACCUAACCACGUAGCCUCUGCGCAAAAGGGCACCACAACUACAUCACACCUAAUUACAUCGUCAUCGACACUAUAUAUCAUUAGUUAAGACCUGCUGCCUUACUAUGGACGCUUGCACUAUCCCGAACGAAAAGUGUUGAGCAUCCGUUCCCCACCCCUAAUGCUUGAAACUUUCAUUGGUUUCGUGCUUGUCGAGGCUUGCUGGUUUCACAUUCAUCUCGCGUGCACGAGCAAACUGCAAGCGAAAUCGUUCUGACACUGACCUGCCUUUUUCGCGGUCACCCUUUCCUGUUAUCGUGCUGGGAAAACACGAACCUCUUCUCCGGUUGCAUCAGCAUCUUGAUGAAGGAUAAGAAGGAUGAAGGAUCGUAGGAAUGUUUUUCCCUUCCACUCAUUAUAACUCAUAAAGUGCCAAGUGUGCCGUAAUGUGUGCGUGCCAUGUUCGACAACCCCUGCGACGACACCCGCAAGGCCUCUGCAAGGUAACUGCUCCCGGAAACACGUUGUAAAACUUUUGCUUCCGAAUGCACUCCAGCUUUCUAUUUAGAAAUUGGCCAAAUUCCUCGUUCGAACACAAGAUCAGCACGAUCUUCAUCACUUCAUGAAACGGCACAAAUGUAUAGCAGGACAACUUGCGGACACAACUCACGUGCUACACAGCACAAAACGCUGCUUUCCAAGGGAUGCGAACCUGCGCUCCUUGCUCCCACGGUGCACCAUACCGCGCUCAAAAUAGACGACGUCACGCACUGUUCCGAUGCACCUUGGCAGACGGCGAUAACCGCAUUCCACAAAACAACUUUUCAUCCUUUAAUGCGAUGGAAGCGAAAAUAGGGUACCGGUGCACACAACAUAAAUUUCCCCGUAAACGAAUACACUCACACACCCCUGUCUCGAGAGACUAAAGGCAGUAAGGGAACCGGAUGCAUCGGUGCAUAUUAAAUUUCACAAGUUUCCUCCCUCUAUACCUUUCUCUUUUGUAUGUGUGUGUGUCUUUAUGUGUGUAUUUGUAUGCCUGUGUGUGGGUAUGAGACUAGCACAACACACAUCGAUAGGAACAAAACGAGAGCUGUUGCAGUCGAAAACUCCGUAAUGGGGUGAAACACUUUUUGGCGCUUCACCGACGAGGCUGUUUAAUCGGAUAUGGCGGAAGCAAAUUACACUUUGUGGUGCAACUUCUAGAACCACUGGUACUAGAUAAUCCGAAAUACUCCAUCAACACUAUCUAGGCCAGUUUGAAAGCAGCACUGCACCUAGCUACAGUCGUCACACACUAUUCUAGCCAGCAAUUCUAAUAACCUCCAUGAACAAACGUUAUUACAUUGGCGUUGAAGCAAAGUUUAACAUCCAAAUGUCGAAAAAAAUAAGAGAAUAGGACGUUUGCUGAAAUUUAAACUAGGGACUGUUUUGCGAAAUCUAUCAUCGGUUUCGGUUUCUUAACCUAUCAAUGGAAAUUUUACUUGAAGCCUAAAUCUAAAAGAGUAAUAAUUAAAUUAAUUAUUCUUCGACAUUUUUGAUCCAAGGCUUUGUUUCCUGUUUUCAUGGUGUCCCUAAGUUAACGCAGAUAGAUGAUUAUUGUCAUACAAUAGAGUUACACUAAAACGUGCUAACAAUAGCUGUCACUCAUCAUCACUAGGCGAUGUCAAACAAAGAAGCAUUUAACAUUAUCGGCACAGCAGGCACAGCUGGUUGCAUUUAGAAGGAAAGUGUUGCUGAUAACAGAAGACGUUCUAAACACGGGAUAUGGGUAGGGGAAUUAUUGAUUAGGUACUUUUAUUAAAUUAUUCAUAAAUUAUUCACGUGCUAAAGACUUAACACCUCUUUAGAUAGAGAUUAACAAUUCUAAGGCAACAGUCAUUAUUGCAUAGCGUAUCCAUGCGUACGCUGUCGAUCAUCGUUGUGCUUUGUAUCAGAAUUGUCCUUGGGCUGCGUUCAUUGUCGGUACGGUCUGAUAUAAACCAAAGUAACAUCAUUGUACUCUCGGGAGUCAAAGUUAUUCUCUGCUUUGAUAUAUCUGCCUUGUUAAGAUAAUGCAUUGAACGGCAAUUAGUUGAACGUUUACCAACAACUUUAGCCCGUCUGAAAAACAACAUCAUUAACCUUCAUUUGACCAGAUCCCUUCCUAGGCGUAGAGCUCGAACUUGAAAGUACUGUCUUGUUGGCUUCUGCAUAAAAAGCAGUAAUAGAACAGAAAACUUUCCUUAAUACUUUGGGCUUCGGCGGACUCUUCCGUUUACAGACCAGUCAACGAGACGUAUAAACCUUUCUUUUUUUUCAUUACUGUUGACAUCCUUCAGUGGAUUCGUGUUUUUUUUUCUAGACGAAGCGGAAAUACUGAUCCACGAGGUAUAUGGUCAUCGUUCCAAAAAACAUCGAUUUCAUUAAUUUGUUUAUUCCAUUAUCUAGCAAAGAGACUACUCGGGUCAAGAUAUUUUUGUUCAAAGCGUCGAGUAAACCGCUUGUUAUUCUUAUCGAGAUUUCCAUUUCAAAACCUCGAAAACGCGUGGUACGUUAACAGUUUUUUUCAUUCAAUAUCCUGGGAUUUUAUUUUUCGCUGUUUUAUUAUUGAAUUAUAUAAUAAAGUGUAUCAACAAACUAUUCUUAAAGUUACAUAGCAAACUUUUCCUAUUCUUAGUAGAAACAUACUUCAAUGUCAUUUCAACUAUAUUUCAUCAAUCGAUUGCUACCAUCGCUAAGCUGAUCAACUGAGGUGGAUGAGCCGUUCGUUAUGGCAAAACAAACAGUUGGAUAUUCUUGCAUACGCCUAAUCGCAUCGAUCUGAUGGUGUUUGUCUAUGGAAAUGCACGAAUAGCAAUCACAAUUAUUAACACAAAUAGCACACACUUGACCGGUACUGGCUAGAACGAACAUUGGACUCCCACAAAACAAACCCUACCUUUUCAGCCUCAAGGUCAUCGAUUAUACCGUAAACUGAAAGACACUUGCUUCAUAACGAACGACACUGCGUAUGACACAUUAUUGAGGACGAAACACUGGUGUGCCGAUGGCAAAGAACGACGGGAAGGAAAUCAUUUAAUUGAAUCAAAUCAACUACCCUUCCCAAUCGCUCGCAAUGUCUGAUGGUCCCAGGAUUCUACAUUCGAUCCUAGCUGAUUACUUCCCAUCGGCAACAGACAUUGAAACUUUUCAACCGUCCAGCUUGUAUCAGAACAUGACCCAUCAGUCUACUUUGAACAAGUGCUAACAAACUAGAGAUAGCAAUAAAAAAAAUUAGAAUACUGCCAGCAUCUCUCUGGUCAACGAAUCGAGCCCGAUCAGUUGAAUAAACCUUCAUCGACUUGUUGGAGAGCUAACAUGGUUAUAGAACAUAAUCUACUAAGUAGUUUAUCAGUUUUGUUAUUUUCAGUGCAGCCAUUUGAUGUUCCCAGGUUCUCAGGUGGGGGGCUUAAAAGGAUUUCUCGCACCUACUCAGCUCGUUUAGUAUGCUAAUGCUACUGAGCUGUCCAAGUUUCCAAUGGUGAUAUUAGAAGAACAAACACGUUAUCGACGUUCAACAUUGACAUGGCCUGCACUUUCAGCAAAAGACGUGUCACUAAACCUUUCCGAAUAACUUAUCACACUCUCCAGAAAUUACUAAAGUUUUUCACAUCAAAAUAACGUCAGCCAUGGAGCGCUAGCCUCGCCGCACUUUAGGUUAAGCAAAACAAUUCGUUUAACACUUUUACUUACCGGAUACCAAAAUUAAUAAAACAGGAGAGGUCUAUCAUCCACGGGAGCCGCCUUUAAUUUAUCAAAGCCAUCGGUCAUGCACACUGAAUCAAACACUCACAAGUGUUGGCAAAAAAGUUUGCAAGCCACUAGUGCAUUAACAACAACCACUCAGGCACCUCAGCCGUCUCGGAUCACACUUCAUCUACGUCAGGAGAAACAAGCUUUUGGUAGAAGUCAAACUUUGAACCCGCAUAAACAGCGCACGAAGGACAGAGAAUUUCAAGUUUCAUCGUUCUUCGUGAGAUUUUUUGUUAUUCGUUUUGCUAUUCGUGCACGUCCUACCACCGACGGCUACGUUGAGGCCAGCAUAUGUAUCUGCCAACGGUGAAGCUGAAAAACAACAGGCAGGGCACAGCAAACAUAUGAUGCUGUGGAAGUUUGAAUAUUAAACAGAAAAACAUCAAAUUAAUUCAAUUUAGCACGUUGGAAGUUUUCAAUUAAAUUCAUUUACCCGCUGGGAUCUGUAGCACUACGAAACGGCGGUGAACUGAAAAUUGGCAAAGCAAGCCGAUCGACAGCAUGAUCAUGCAACAUGUGUUCUCUUGCAGGCAAUCAACUUUCAAACAUUCAAUUGAACAUCUUCAGAGCCUGUCGCUCGUAAGCCGGCAAAGUUUUAGGGGCACAUAAAAUCUGUUUGCCUUGCCUUCAGCGAAGAUAAUAAAACAUCCAUUUUACCCACCGCGAUUGCAAAUUCGCAAGCGCUCCAACUGCAUCUACUGCCUUUAUCAUAUCCGCAUCCGUACCAUACACACACUGAAGAGGAUGUAUUUCAACAGGCAAACAAACCACCUUGCAUGUCCUUCUUGGUGCGGGAUAUUUGUGGGUGCUCGCAAAAUACGUAUACCAGCAACGGAAUUCACUUGAAUUCAAAUCAAACUCAACGCAGCAUCCGCCGAUCUGGCACCGUUUGUCAAUACAAUCGGAAGUGAGGGCGCUUACGCCUCGCUGAUUUGAUUUUUCCUCCAUGAGUGCAAAUUCGUUUACUCGUUUGAUUUGUGUGCGGUUCUGUAUCCUACCGACACACAGCAAACUUUCACCAAUCUGCCUAGCUGAUAUCGACUGCAUUCUAUUAAGUAUUUCAGAAUCGUCAAAUCACAUUUUGGGGGAUAGGAAUAGAAUUCCAGCAGGAAAGCAGAACAUCGUUACCUGUGUUUUAAGUACAUACCAUUUUAAUAAUAUACCUAAGCCAAAAAGAACAAACUUAACGAAACGUUUCUCAUACCCACCUAUGAAAUAGAAACUGAUGGUCCUAGCGUAUGCGAUUUGUGCUAGAAUGAACUUUUAUUUGGCUUUGAAAAAAAUAAAACAAUAAAUAAAAAAACGUUGACGUAACGUCACUGAACAGAACUGAGCAAAAACUAACCGAUGCGAAAUGUCACGUAACGUAGAAAAUACCAAACCGGUUCUGGGUUUUCUAUUUAACAGCACAUGCAGCAGGCAAACAAUGCAUCGAUCAAAGGCAAAAUCCCACAUGCUUUCAGAGCGCUAGUUUUUAGAAGAUUGCAAAAGCUCCAAUACCAAAAUAUUGAACUGUCUUCACACCAUCAGAAUUAUAAUUACUCUGCAACAAUACUAAUGCCGCACAUAGUUUGAUGUUUUUCUUCUCUUGCAAUGUAGCAGUUUCCUUUCUACUUGGAGUGUGCGGUAGACGAGAAUUCACUGAGCCGUAGAUGCAUCUUUGGAAUCAUCACACGCUGCAAUUGUUAGACCCCUACCAGCUUAUCCCCGUACGUACUAUCACCGCACUACCGCACUCUGAAAAGCGUGACUCUUCGAAAGAGCGUACACAAAAGAACCACACGAGACUUUCACAAUAGAAUUUUCAUCUUCCCUGCGGUGCUAAUGGCGCCACCCUUAUUGCAACUAACGACAACAACGACACGACGUCGUUGCGAAGUAUCGUACGUCGACGUCAACUUGAAACGAAUUCUGAACAUGACUCCAAGACAGAAAGACGGGACAUGUGUUGCGUUUCGCAAGCUGCGUGAAAUAUUCCUUCCGGCUGUACAUGCUAUACAGACGGUACGCAAGUUUCAUCACGAUUUGCACUUGCUCGUCCUACCGUUCGAAUUUUGUUUAUCGUUAGGUUUUUGAGAAAUUACAAAAAUAUGUUCGA